UGAAAGGUAAAAAAAGCAAAGUAAACAUUGAAAGUUAAUUUUCCCUUCAAGAUAAUACUACACUUUAGAUGUGCCAAAGGCCAAACAUAUAGUCCAAUGGUACAAUAUUCAGAAGAAAGGUACAUUUUGUAGAAUGUGAAUCUCUUACAUGUGAAUCCAAUGAUCUUUGAUAAUGUCCAGAAUAAAUAUACAAGUAGGUGGACAUCGAGACACAGUUUUAAUUGCACUACAAUCCUUCCAACAAAAAGAAACUCUAUGUGAUGUAACUAUUAUAACAAAAGAUGGACACGUUAAAGGGCACUCAGUAAUUCUGGCAUCGGGUGCAAGUACAGUAUUAUGCAGUCAAGUAUUCACACAAAGAAACAAUGGUAUGAAUUCUAUUGUCUAUAUCAACUGCCCUGAGUUCACAAGACAGGAUGUAAAUUCUGUAUUACAAUUUCUUUACCUAGGUGUAAUUAACAUAGAUAUAGGCCAGGUUCAAAGCUUUCUAGCUUUAUGUUCAGCAUGGCAACUACAGGUGGCUGCUUCAAUGUUGGAAUAUUAUUUGAAGCAAAACUGUAUUGAUCUAUCUAGGCCAUAUAUUUCAACCAAUCAACCGUCUACAAACAACAGCCAAUCAGGAGUCAAUUUUAAUGUUUCUGCAUCACUAGGUGUAAAACCAAAUUUGAUUGAUCCAAGACUAAUAGGAUCAACAAAUGGAACUUCACAGCUGCAGAACACAAACUGUCACGUUCUAGUAGGAACAACAAAAGGAAGUUCUACACAGCUGCAGACUACAAACAGUCAUUUUCUAGUAGGAUCAACAAAUGGAAGUUCUACACAGCUGCAAACUGCAAACAGUCAUUUUAAACAUUUAAAUUCCAAUGAAACAAUGGUGGACAGAGGAUCCUUUGCAUAUAUAAAACCAAAGGUCGCUUCCUUAACAAACCCACUGUCUUAUGAUGGACCUUUGUCAACACAGAUUCCUCAGGAAUCGCCCCUCCUACUGAAGGAUGGUUUACAGUCGGUUAACAGUAAUCCUGAGACUCUGAAUCAGUAUGGUAAACCUUCAGUACUAGAGAAAGAUGGUACCCAUUUUAAUACAAACAAACACUCUCAAGUACAGUCAUUACUGGAGAAAGAUGGUACCCGUCUCAAAACAAAAGGUCAUUCACAAGUACAGUACAGUCACGGUGCUACAAAUAUAUUUACAGAUGUUUCUCGGAUACAGACAGUUUGUCGCGAAUCGGAACAAUGUACUAUACCUUCAGAUAUAAAAAUUCCUCUAGGAGAACCUUUUUGUACUGAACAAUUAAGCUCUAAUGAAUCAACUGUAAGUUCACCAAAUUCACCCCUAUUACAAUUACAAUGUGAAGAAGAAGAACCAUUUGUGAACACGGAUGAAGAUGAAUCAUUUGUGAAUAUGAAAGACGAUGAACCAUUUGUAAACAUGGAUGAAGAACAUUGUCCAGGAUACUCUUCAAAUUCACCAUUAGUUCACUCAAAGGAAGAUAAAUGCCUAAAGGGAGAUAACUGCAUAGAAAAUGAAUUUGCUCUGAAGGAAAUUAUGCUACAGAAAAAUGAUAUUCAAAAACAGGCACAGUCUACACUUAAUCGGACUAGUUCUAGUCUUAUUGGCGAACAAUUUCAAAUUGUUGAAAACCAGUUUAUAUCAAAUCAGAAAGAGACAGUUAAAGUUACAGACGACUGGUAUGAAUCAAGUCACAUCCUGGACCAGAAACCAGUCAUUGAUGCUUUACAUACUUCAAAUUCUAAUCAGUAUCAAGACCAGUUUAUAGAAAAUCCAUAUAGUUUAAAUCACAUCAAAGAGGAGGCUCAAGAAAUUCCAGAUCAAAACAUGUAUAUUGUUGAUGGGGGUGACCUAGCUUUUGUGUCAGACAAUAACAUAAAUAGUAUGAAUCAAAAAGAGGGUAAAAAUAACACAAAACUCGAAGACAACAAUAAAAGACUAAAAGAUGGAGAAAAUGUACAGAAAAAUCGCAAAAGAAAAAUUAUCAGAAAGGCUUCUAAUGGUAAAAAAGAGGAAUCUGUAAAGAGAAGAAAAACUAAAAAGAAAGUAGAAAAGGCUACCUGUAACCCUACUGAAUCAGCUAUCAAAACAGAUGAUACAAGUAAGAUCUCCAUGGAGUUAACUGAUCAUUCUGAAAACAUUGAUAAGAUAGAGCAAACAAGUCCGAUAAAGAUAAGAAAACAGAAAUGUAGAAAAUGUGACUUUCGUUAUACUUCUGGAGAUCAAUCUUAUAAACAACACUGGCUGGAAAACCAUCAAAACCAACAACAAUGUGAACUUUGUGAUUGGGUGGGACCAUGGAAAAGAGAUCUAGCUAAACAUAUGUACAGGAAACAUAACGAAGCCGUAGCAUGUCCUGACCGAUAUCCAUUGCAGAAAUGUACAUUUCAGGGCUGCAAUUAUACAACUCUUUGUUUAUUUAUGUAUAUUCAUGUCAGAGGGCAUAUUGGAAAGAAAGAGAUACAAAGAAUGUGUGAGAUCUGUGGAGCAUCGUUAGCUGGUGAGCAUUCAUUACAGCGACACAUCAGAUUACAACAUUCAGGUUCAAAGGUCAAAACUUGCAUCAUUUGUCAUAAGAUAUUUGAAUGCAACAUGGAAUUACGGAAACAUAUGAUAUCUACACAUGGAAGUCCAUUUGUUUGCCACUUAUGUCCUUACAAAACAGAUUCAUCUUUCCAAUUGGAUUUACAUCUACACAAGAAACAUGGAAUUGAAAUAAAACAGAAAAAGUUGGUUUGUGACCAAUGUGAUUUUUAUUGCUUCAAAACAAAGCAGCUAAAUAACCACAAGUUGAUACACAAUACCAGUACAUUAGAAUUGGAACAGUACAAAUGUUCCCAAUGUGAGAAGACAUGUAAAACUAGUUCUGGUCUGCGUCAACACAUACAUACUGUGCAUUCAGCAAAAAGAUAUAAAUGCACACUUUGUGAUUAUGAAGGGAAAACCAACAUGGCUUUAAAAAGACACAUGGCAAACAGACAUUCUGACGAAAAACCAUUCAGUUGCCAUUUAUGUUCAUACAGAUGUAAAGUCAGAGAGAAUGUUCAUAAACACUUGAAACAUGCUCACAAACUCAAAGUUGUCACUAGAGUGUCAAUGUUUAAUAACAUGAUCAAAACUGGCAUAGGGUUUGAUCAGAUUAAGGAGAUGGACAAAAAUGGGGCACCUCUGUUGAUAAUGGAACCUGAAGGAAAUAUCAUGGAAGCAAUAGAAACUCAGGGUAACCAGGAUGAUUUGGACACAGAAGAAUCAAUGGCAGGGAUAGAGUCAAAAUCAAUUGUUACCAUGAGAAUGAUUGACAUGGAAAGUGAAAUCAGUUAAAAAUUAGCAAUAUAGAGUAGAACAUAAAAAUGGAGCACAUCCAUGAAAAAGGACCCUGAAGGAAAUAGUGUGGAAGCACUUGAAACUUAGAAUAACCAGAAAAACUUGGACAUAGAAGGUACACAGAAUAUACAAUGACAGGGAUACAGUCAAGUCAAUUGUUACCAUUGGAAAGUAAAUCCAGUUGGUAACAACCACAUCAAAGAUGAUUUCAGUGAUAGGGGAAGUGAUACCUGUUCUAAAAUAGGAAAUAUAGAGAUAUUCAAAAGUAAAGAUAUUGUCAAAUAAACAGUAGCAAACAAUUGUAACUAUGGAGAUGUGGAUAAUAAUGGUAACCAGAACAUCACAUAUAAAUCCAAUUACAAGGCAGAGUG